UCCUCCAAGAUGGCGGCUGCCGGUGUCUCGCUUGCAUUCAGGGCUGUGCGGGGUUUGCCCGCUUCUGCGGUGGGCCAAAGGGGAGCGCGGCUGUCCACGGGUAGUGCGCGCGGGUUCCGCCACGCAGCUUCGUUUCGGCGGGAACACGAUGCCGCUGCCGAUGAGAAGAGCACGCACUUCGGCUUCCAGACGGUUCCGGAGGGACAGAAAGCCGAGAGAGUGUACAAGGUGUUUGAGAGUGUGGCACAGAAGUAUGACAUAAUGAAUGACGCCAUGAGUCUCGGGAUCCACCGGCUGUGGAAGGACACCCUGCUUCGCACCAUGAACCCCCUGCCAGGGACACGCCUGCUUGAUGUUGCUGGAGGGACAGGUGACAUCUCAUUCCGCUUCCUGGAGUAUGUGCGCUCACAGGAGGCAAGAAGGCGGCGGCGAGAGGCACAGGCGCUCCAGACCCCCUCCUGGCAGGAGAUUGCGAAUAGUUAUGGCCCAGGUGCACCAGGCUCUAAAGAGUGCAGGGCGGUGGUGUGUGACAUCAAUAAGGACAUGCUCAAGGUGGGGCAGCAGAGAGCAAAAGACCUGUACUACACAACAGGUCUCUCGUGGGUGGUGGGUGAUGCAGAGGAGCUGCCAUUUGACGAUGACCAGUUUGACGUGUACACCAUCGCCUUCGGAAUCCGCAACCUCACUCACAUCGAUAAGGCCCUUGAGGAGGCAUACCGAGUCCUGAAGCCUGGUGGCAGGUUCCUGUGCCUGGAGUUUAGCCAUGUCUCAAACCCCCUGCUCUCUAGAAUCUAUGAUGCCUACAGUUUCCAGCUGAUUCCAGUGCUGGGGGAAGUCAUUGCUGGGGACUGGAAGUCCUACCAGUAUCUGGUAGAGAGCAUCCGGCGUUUUCCAGACCAAGAGACGUUCCAAAGCAUGAUUGAGGAGGCUGGCUUCUUCAGUGUGCAGUACCACAACCUUACAGGUGGAGUGGUUGCCAUUCACUCGGGCUUCAAGCUGUGAGCCUGCUGGACAUUUGAAGCACUCAAAAAGGACAGCCAUAACUGACAAGUUUCCACACUGUGUGUCUGAACAGUAUCUACAAAGUUGCUGUUAGAGUAGGCAGCAGAGAAUUCCUCCCAAGUGAUUAAAGAAAAAAAGCACAAAGAUGGUGUCAGUGACUACAGGAGGAGCUUGUGGUGAGUGUAUGGCACCAAAGGCAAGCACCAGCAGUCGCUGUGGGCUCCACAGCGAUAAAUAAAUGACUGUCAAAGAA